UGCAGCAGUCUGAUGGAGCCCAACAAUGAUGGCUGGAUCGCUCUGCAUGAUGCCGCUUAUUACGGACAGCUGCACUGCCUCGCCAUCCUCCUCAAAGCUUAUCCCAACUCGGUGAACUCGUGCAGUUUGAUGAAUCAUACCGCUCUGCUGCUGGCUGCGGGUCGAGGACACGUUUCCUGUGUCGACUUCCUGUUGAAGCACGGAGCCGACCCAAACAUCGCCAACAAGGACCGAGAGACGCCGCUGCUGGCAGCGUGUGAGCAGCCCAACCAAGCCAUCGUGGAGCUGCUGUUGAAGUUUGGAGCUCAGGUGAAUCGCUGCAACGUUCAGGGAGAAACUUGUCUUCACGUCGCAUGCAGACACGGAGAACUGAACCUCUGCAGGACGUUACUGGAGGCCGGAGCCGAUCUGAACCGCAAGAACAUCUACGGCCUCCAGCCCAUCUUCACCGCCGCGCAGCACGGCUACGUCGACAUCAUCAACCUGUUUGCCAGCAAAGGUGCAGAUAUAAAUGGACAGGCACCAGACGGAGCCUCGCCGCUGUUCGAAGCCUGUAAGAACGGUCAUGUUUCGGCGGUGGAAGCUCUGUUGUCUCUGAAAGCGGACACUAACCGAGCCAUGAAGUCUGGCCUGCUGCCUCUUCAUGCAGCUGUUCAGAACAACCACUCACGGAUUGUGUCGAUGCUGAUCCCUCUGACCAGCAUGGUGCGAGUGCGGCGCUGUGGCAUCAGCCCGCUGCACCUCGCCGCGGAGCACAACCGGGACGAGAUCCUGGCGCUGCUGAUCCAGGCCGGCUUCGAUGUGAACAGCCGGCUGUCGUCCGACCGCUCGGCGAUGUUCGAGGACCGCCGCAGCACGGCGCUCUACUUCUCCGUGAUCAACGGGAACCUGGAGGCCACCGAGAUGCUGCUGGCGGCCGGAGCCAACCCGGACCUGGACGUGUUCAACCCGCUGCUCAUCGCUGUGCGGUUCUGCAGGAUGGAGAUGGCGGCGCUGCUGCUGCACUACGGUGCCAACGCCAACGCCCAGAUCACCACAGAGCCCUGCGCCUUUCCGGCGGCCAUCUUGCUGCGGAUGGAGUCCCUGCCGAUGCUCAAGCUGCUGCUGGACCACGGCUGCGACGCCGCGACGUGCUUUGACUGUCCGCACGGCGGGAAAACGCACCCGCCCAUCACGCCGGCAUGGCGGCCCGCCGAAGAGAUGCGCGGCAGCAGAGUUGCUCCGCCGCGGCAAUGCAUUCAGUUCUGUGAGGCGGUAUCCGGUAGCCGUAAUGCUGGGCCGAUCAUCUCGCUGCUGCUGGACUACGUUGGCCACGUCCGUCUCUGCUCGCGGCUGCUGGACGUCCUGGACCGCCGCAGCGACUGGAAGCCCGUCAAACUCAAAGCUCUUCCUCCUCAUCCUCUGAUGCAGCUCUGCAGGCUGAAGAUCAGACAUCAAGUUGGAGUUCGAAAACUCAAACUGCUCCACACUCUGCCACUUCCUGUCACUCUGGUCCGCUUCCUGCACUACGACAUCCAAUGUUCACUCUCCUGA